AUGACACAUUUUGUAAGGGAAAAAAUUUUCGAUGCUUUUUUUCCGGUAUUUUUGAGGAAUGGGGUGGUGAGUUAGGGAAAUUUCUAGGAGAAAAAAUAUUUUGAUUUAAAAAUUUUGAAUUUUCAAGUUAUCUUAUAUUCUACUAACCGAUGAGCAGCAAAAUAAUUGCACAACUCUUCCAAAUUGUCUUCCCUUCAAUCAAUCAACUUACGCUAACUUCACAAUCACUUUCGGAGCUCAGAAUUCCACUCGAACAUCAAUUUCAUCUAACUUGAGUGCUCCAAAAUGCUCCGGAUAUAGUUUCACACGAGCAAAUGGUCGAAAUUGGUGUUAUGACUUUGGAUCGAAUUGGGUUAAAAAUUUUGAUGGUGCUCAAAAAUAUUGCGCGGCUCAGAAUAAAUUUCUGAAUGGUUUUGAGAGUUUGGAGGAGCAACAAGCGUUUUUUGCCGUUGCGCAGAAAAGUUUUGGGUUGAGUUUGAUGAUAAGAUUGGGAGCUAGGAGAAUAUCGAGUUGCUCGGGGCGAACCGCGUGUUUGGGAGUUCCGGUAAGUUAAAAACUACGACAUUCCGCUUUUGCACUUGAAAUUUCAAAAGAUUUUUUGAAUUUCGAAAAUUCCCACCAAAAAAAACAUAAUGUAAAUGCGGAGGGUCGUACCUCAACAAUUUUUAAAUUUCAAAGUUUCCCCCCCCAAAAAUCUCUAGGGUGUCAUUGCGGAGUGUCGUCGUAUUCCAGAUGACGUGGCUCUCCACCACAAUCUCCACCAACACCAGCCUUGCAAACACACCAAAGGGUAUGUAUUUUGAUGGCGAUGGUGAUACUCUGGUCUACAGAUGGGCUUUUGGUCAAUGGGGUUAUGAUGAUCUGAUGUGAGCUGGAGCGCACUUGAUUUUUUGUGCAAAAAAUUUUUUUUUUCAGCAAUACUUGGUCGACGUCUUUCUCCUGCGGAUGGUAUGCCAAUUAA